CGUCCCUCGCUGACUCUGCGUGCUCCAAUGGGAGUGCUGCGGACGAGGCGGCGGGGCGGAGCUGCGGGCCGGUGCGCGGUGGCGGCGGCAGCGGGGGACUGUGAGGAGAUCUGAGUGCGGCGGAAUCACAGCUGUAGUAAUAUAAUAAUAUUAUAGCAGCGGCGGGCCAGCGGCCUCCCCUCCUCCCUCACACCGUCCUGUAUCAGCCUCGUCGCUGCCUGUCUCCUCCCCCUCCCCCCCGGCCGCCUAGGCCUCGCCGGGCUGAGGAUACGGCCUGGACCGCGGCCUACAGGUGGGUGACGGGAGCCCGCCCGAGCCGCGGCAGAUCCCGGGGCGCCCGGCCGGAGAGACGACGCGGCCUCCUCCCCGAGACCUCCAGGUUAUUUCAUUCUUCUAGUUCCCUACUUGCAGAUCCAUGUUUUCCGAGGCCUAUUAGCAAACCUAUUGUAACUUGUCUCCAUACUUGAUUGGCCAGUCUGUUGGUAAAUCUUUCCAUUUCCGUCUCCUAACACGAGAAGAACGAGGUCCUCCUGUAGAAGCGCAGCAUUAUGUCCUCCAUCUUGCCCUUCACCCCGCCGGUUGUGAAACGCCUCUUGGGAUGGAAGAAGUCGGCCAGCGGCACUACUGGAGCCGGCGGUGGCGAGCAGAACGGUCAGGAAGAGAAGUGGUGUGAGAAGGCGGUGAAGAGUCUGGUGAAAAAGCUGAAGAAAACGGGGCAGCUCGACGAACUGGAGAAAGCGAUCACAACGCAGAACUGCAACACGAAAUGCGUUACCAUCCCAAGCACUUGCUCUGAAAUGUGGGGACUGAGUACACCAAAUACCAUAGAUCAGUGGGAUACCACAGCCCUUUACAGCUUCUCUGAACAAACCAGGUCACUCGAUGGACGCCUGCAAGUCUCUCACCGUAAAGGGUUACCGCACGUGAUUUACUGCCGGCUCUGGCGCUGGCCGGAUCUUCACAGUCACCACGAGCUGAAAGCCAUCGAGAAUUGUGAAUAUGCUUUUAAUCUUAAAAAAGAUGAAGUAUGUGUCAACCCAUAUCACUAUCAGAGAGUGGAGACUCCAGUUUUACCCCCGGUAUUAGUGCCGCGACACACAGAGAUCCUAACAGAACUUCCUCCACUCGAUGACUACACGCAUUCCAUUCCGGAGAACACUAACUUCCCUGCGGGAAUAGAGCCCCAGAGCAACUAUAUACCAGAAACUCCACCUCCGGGAUAUAUAAGUGAAGAUGGGGAGACAAGCGACCAGCAACUUAACCAAAGCAUGGAUACAGGGUCACCAGCCGAGCUAUCACCUAGUACACUCUCUCCAGUCAAUCACAGCCUGGACUUGCAGCCGGUUACUUACUCUGAGCCGGCCUUCUGGUGUUCAAUAGCUUACUACGAGCUGAACCAGCGAGUGGGGGAAACCUUCCACGCGUCACAGCCUUCGCUCACAGUUGACGGCUUCACAGAUCCUUCAAACUCCGAGAGAUUCUGUUUAGGUUUACUGUCGAAUGUGAACCGGAACGCCACCGUGGAAAUGACCAGGCGCCACAUAGGAAGAGGAGUGCGGUUGUAUUACAUCGGUGGAGAGGUGUUUGCGGAGUGCCUAAGUGAUAGUGCUAUUUUUGUCCAGAGUCCCAAUUGUAACCAGCGGUAUGGUUGGCAUCCGGCGACUGUAUGUAAGAUUCCGCCAGGCUGUAACCUGAAGAUCUUUAAUAACCAGGAGUUUGCUGCUCUCCUUGCUCAGUCUGUGAACCAGGGAUUUGAAGCAGUUUACCAGCUAACCAGAAUGUGCACCAUCAGAAUGAGCUUUGUAAAAGGCUGGGGUGCCGAAUACAGGCGACAAACCGUUACAAGCACUCCCUGUUGGAUCGAGCUUCACCUGAAUGGACCUUUGCAAUGGUUGGACAAAGUGUUGACUCAGAUGGGUUCUCCUUCAGUCCGAUGCUCAAGCAUGUCCUAAUUGGGUCCCUUCCUUUUUAUCCGUAUGACCUGCAGGUUCAAUCUCCUGGCAACAGACUUAAUACAGCUUGUCUGUCAUAGUAUUUGUGUGUGGUCCCCCAUGAACUGUUUACAAUCCAAAAAAGAAAAUACUGAGAAACAGCACUUGAGGUCCCAUCACCUGAAAGCACCUUGUUGGAUAAUGUUUCUGCUACCCUAGAGGAAAGUGCAGUGUGAAGUCACUCCUUAUUGGGAAGGGAUGUUUUUAAAGGACGUUUAUUGUAUUAUUGGGCAUAUAACGGAGUGUCCGAAUGGUUUAACAAUAACAUGAGUAGUCUUUACAUACGUGUCUUGUAUAGUUUAAUGUGUUUUGCAGUUAUACAUUUUUAGAUUCCCCCCCAAGUAGGGUUUGUCUGCUUCCUUAUUUUUAGUUGGUCCAAAAUCAAUCAUGGGUUAAGUUUUUUUGUUUUUUCUCAUUAUUAUCCCCACCCCCCAAACAUAUCUGUAUUUUUUUGCCUAUUUUAUAAGUUGUCCUAAUAACGAUGCAUCCGCUUGCUCCCGUUCCAUACUCCCUUUCAUUUUUCUUAGCAGCCAUACAGACCAUAUCUUUGGUGUUGUCAUUCUCUCCAUGACGGUCAGGGACAAUGUUUUAGUUAAAAAUAUUUUUUUAUGAUACCGAAACGAUGCACUUGUCAGUUUACAAUCCCUUACACUUCAUGCUUCCUCUUUCCUCCCCUUUUUUUAACAUGAGAGAACGCAACUUGUUUGCAUUUGACAUACAAUCUCUAUAGAGGAUUUAAGUUUUUUUAAGCGCAUGUUAUCGUGAACCCUUGAACACUACAUAUUGCACCCUAUAAAAUGAUUUAGAAUUAUAUUCUACAGAUGUCUGAGUUUAGCGACGGGCAGGGGUGAAAGGUCGUGUAGAAAAAGGGUACUCUGAAUUAUAAUUGUACACGUUACUAACAUAUACAGUACUUGUUCUGUAGCUGUCUGUCAUUUUUUAUAAAUAUGACAGUGUCAGGAUUGUCUUUCUCCUCUCUUCCCAACCCCCCAAAUCCCCCCCCUGGUGUAUCGAUUACACUAGUCGUGUACUUUGUAAGUACAGCUAGUGAAACGGUUUGCUUUCAGAACAAAAUAGUGGCCAGUAUUAGUGUUCUCAUUAGGCUAAUGAUGGAAUUUGUACACUGUUUUGUCCCCCCCCCCCCCCCUCCAAACAGAUCGUAUUUUGUGGAUUCCCUCUCAAGGGAACUGUUGGCAUAAUUACUGACGCAAUGAAUUUAUCCACCUGUGCAUGACUAAGGAAAUCCUGAAACCAUGUCCUGUUACGGGCACUUGACAACCAGCGCUGAGAAUCCCUGCUGUAGUGCAUAGACGCAAUCCCAAAAACACUGUUUUGAUGGUAAACAGAGAGACGGCCAUAAAACCGUAAUUGGCAAAGCAUUUAACAUUUGUGAACUAGUUUUACCAGUAGAUUGGUGUAUUGGUAGAACUUGUGACCUGGACAUAAGCUUUGUGCGUGUUGCAUUUGCCGAAUAUGUGAAUACACUAAUAAAAGGUUUCAUUCUCA